UUCACUUCAAGUUGCAACAAGUGCCCAAAGUGGAAGACACGAGGCAUCGCCCGUGCCCCGAGUUGAACAUGUAGAUGCUGGGACUGCAGUCGGAACAGCCAUAUAUCAGACUCUGGAACGAGUUGACAGCGUCCGCUACGUCCAUCAGGCUUCUCCCGUAAUGACUAUCAUCACAAUCCAGAACGCGCGGCUUUGCCACCACGGCCAACUUAUCGACUGCCCGCAGCUAUUCAUCGACGACGAGAACGGUACAGUCAUAGUUCACAACGUCGCCAGUAGCGACAAUACCAUCAAUCUCCAUGGCGGCAUCGUCGCCGCAGGCUUCCUCGAGCUACAGACGAACGGUCUCCGAGGCUUCCAUUUCACGCAUUUGCAUGAUGAAGCAGAGUACAAGAGUAAGAUCGAUGAAGUCGCGCAGUAUCUCCCUUCAACUGGUGUUACCGGGUUCUACGCCACCAUUCCAACUGUACAUGGAGAUGAGUUCAAGAAGAUCUUGCCAUCCCUGAUGCCACGGUUGAUUGACGGCGGCGCAUCGCUGUUGGGCGCACACGCUGAAGGACCGUACCUACACUCCAGUAAGAAGGGAGCUCACAAUGCGUCCCUCUUCCAUCAGCCAUCAACUCCCCCACCAGCUGUCUACGGUGAUGUUGCCAACUCAAACAACACUCUCAAGCUGGUGACGCUGGCUCCGGAGCUUGACGGGACGGCCGACCUCGUACGAACACUCACCAGCAACGGCACUAAGGUCUCGCUUGGCCACUCCUCAGCAUCCUACAGCCAAGGCCUUGCUGCCAUCAGAGCCGGCGCUACAUGCCUCACGCACACACUAAACGCAAUGGCGCCUCUCCAUCACCGCGAUCCAGGCCUCGCCGGGCUUGUCAACGCUGACGCUGCAGACCUUGCCGCCUUCCAGUCGCCGUACUUCAGCAUCAUACCAGAUGGGAAUCACCUUCACCCCGGUGUGGCGACGAUGCUAUUCCGCUCCAACCCGAGCAAAUGCAUCGUCAUAACAGACUCGAUUGAGCUUGCUGGUUUGCCUGACGGCACGUAUCCGGGGCACGCGCAGAUUCCGUUCAAUCAGACGAAGAAGGGGAGUAGAGUGGUCAUUGAGGGGACUGAUACGCUUAUCGGCGGCUGUGCAGGUCUUGAUGAGUGCGUCAGGAAUGUAAUGAAGUGGAGUGGCUGUGGAAUUGCUGAAGCGGUGAGGUGUGUUACGGAGAAUGUGGCGGACUUCAUGGGUGAUGAGAGUAGAGGUAGCCUUGACCCUGGGAAAAGAGCUGACUUCGUGGUGUUGGAUGAGAGUGCAAAUGUGCUGCAGACUUGGGUUGGUGGGAAGAAGGUCUGGGCUAAGCAGUGAUGCUGACAGGCUCUGACCAUGGCAGCGAAUCUCGAGCUUUCCACCUGUGGUGUCGUCUUAUUCAUUAUCGUACAAUGACCAGCAUCCGUCCGAUCAACGCUGAACUGGCGCCGUCACAUUCUGGCGAGCCGUCAGCCACAGAUCCAACGUUGUCUGGUUGCGAUCCCGUAGAUGCCGCCUUUGACGAUUAAUGCCCAGUAAAUUGAUCAACUCUUCGAUGACCUUCGCCGAAGAAGGAUGAUAAGAGAUUAAAAAUUCCAGAACCGUUGCGAGAUCCUUCUUAUUACACGGUUACCUGUACCGAUAGCUCGAGCCUCAAACCAGGCGUUGACUCGUAACAGUCCAGUGUACUUACUACCGAUUCCAUCUCAUCGUGUUCUUGAGUCCAUUGCUAUCCUGG